AGAGAUGCCACACUCGCUCCGCGGUUCGCAUGGCGCUCUGAAGACGCCGGCGCCCGCCGCCUUGAGGAGCCGCUGCCCCCGCUGCCUGAAGAUGGGGGAACAAUGAAAUAAGCGAGAAGACUCUUCUUCUCCCCCCUCUCUCUCGCCCCCUCCCCCCUCCCCUCCCCUCUCCCCUUGACUCCUCUCCGAGGCACCAUGCUGACCCGCCUGUUCAGCGAGCCCGGCCUCCUCUCGGACGUGCCCAAGUUCGCCAGCUGGGGCGACGCCGACGACGACGAGCCAAGGAGCGACAAGGGCGACGCGCCGCCUCCGCCUCCACCUGCGCCGGGGCCGGGGGCUCCAGGACCCGCCCGGGCUGCCAAGCCGCUCCCUCUUCGUGGAGACGAGGUGCCCGAGGCCGCACUGGCUGAGGUCAAGGAGGAAGGCGAACUGGGGGGCGAGGAGGAGGAGGAAGAGGAGGAGGAGGAAGGGCUAGACGAGGCGGAAGGAGAGCGGCCCAAGAAGCGCGGGCCCAAGAAGCGAAAGAUGACCAAGGCGCGCCUGGAGCGCUCCAAGCUGCGGCGGCAGAAGGCGAACGCGCGGGAGCGCAACCGCAUGCACGACCUGAACGCUGCGCUGGACAACCUGCGCAAGGUGGUGCCCUGCUACUCCAAGACCCAGAAGCUGUCCAAGAUCGAGACGCUGCGCCUGGCCAAAAACUACAUCUGGGCGCUGUCAGAGAUCCUGCGCUCGGGCAAGAGGCCCGACCUGGUGUCCUACGUGCAGACGCUGUGCAAAGGUCUGUCGCAGCCCACCACCAACCUGGUGGCCGGCUGCCUGCAGCUCAACUCGCGCAACUUCCUCACGGAACAGGGUGCCGACGGCGCGGGCCGCUUCCACGGCUCUGGGGGCCCGUUCGCCAUGCACCCCUACCCGUACCCGUGCUCGCGCCUGGCGGGUGCACAGUGCCAGGCGGCCGGCGGCCUGGGCGGCGGCGCCGCGCACGCCCUGCGGACCCACGGCUACUGCGCCGCCUACGAGACGCUGUACGCAGCGGCGGGCGGCGGGGGCGCGAGCCCGGACUACAACAGCUCGGAGUACGAGGGCCCGCUCAGCCCGCCGCUCUGCCUCAACGGCAACUUCUCGCUCAAGCAGGACUCGUCGCCCGACCACGAGAAGAGCUACCACUACUCUAUGCACUACUCGGCGCUGCCCGGCUCACGGCCCACGGGCCAUGGGCUGGUCUUCGGCUCGUCGGCGGUGCGCGGGGCCGUCCACUCGGAGAAUCUCUUGUCUUACGAUAUGCUCCUUCACCACGACCGGGGCCCCAUGUACGAGGAGCUCAACGCGUUUUUCCAUAACUGAGACCGCGCCGGUCCUCUUCUUUUUCUUUUGCCUUUGCCCGCUCCCUUGCCAUCAGCCCUCCGAGCGCAGGGACACCCUUACCCACCCGGGAGCCGGGCGCGGGGCGCGCACCGCCGGUCCUGCCGCUUUCCUGGGCUGCGCGGUCCUCUUACCUGUGGGUGGCCCGUCCCAGGGGCCUCAUUUCCCCCAGGGGACUUGCCUUCUCUCUCCCUAAGGGGUUCCCUCCUCCUUUCUUCCUGGGAGUGCUUCUCCAGGGACCCCUCUCCGGGUGCUCCCAGGAGACCCUCCGCCCAAUCCCAGCCCUUCCGCUUAGGUUUCCCCCCUCCCCCUCCCCCUUGCAGGCCCAAAGGCGUUGGUAAGGGGAUGGCUGAGCUGUGGGAUGCGAUUUUCCCCAUCUCAUCCUUAUUAUUUUUUUAAAAACAGACACCGAGCUGCCGAGGCAGGAAGGAGCCGACCCCCCCUCCUCUUUUUUGAAGAGGGCAAAAGUGAGGGCACCCCAGCCCAGGCCUGGCGCGCGCCUCCACCCCCACUCCCGAGUCUCAGUAUUUUUGAGGUUUUCAUUUUUGGCGGGAGGGGAUGUGGAUUGAGAGGAAAGUGAGAGGCCAAGACAAUUUGUAACUAGGAUCUGUUUUUCCCCUUCCUCUUUUUUAAACAAACAAACAAAC